GAAACAACAGACUUGUGUCUUAGCCCCUGUCAGCCGUCUGCAGCAGGUGGACAACGGCCUGCGCUUCAGUCUGACUGGACCAAUGCGCAGUGCGUUGCCCGAUCGCAUCUAACAGCUGACAGGGUACAUGAAGGACAUGAGCCGGUCCCACAGUAUACACACACAAGUCCGUUUUACUCGCAAACCGCUCCCACGACCGUCUCAAACACAGACAGCGGCGGCCAGUGCGGCCACAUCCUCAUCCCUCACUGUCUGUGCCCGCCGCAGCCACGCCAUCACCACCACCAACGCGUAACGCACCACACCACACACACCAUCAUCACGGAAUACACUCCGCCCCCAGCCAGCGUUGUUCAGGCAGAUCGCCAGAAGCACCACCGCCAACAAGGACUCCUGCACCUGACCACACACACACACACAUCGAUGAGGAUGUCUGACGUGUGGGGGGUGGGGUGUGUGUCAUAUACCCUGGUGUCGACAGUGAGGAAGAGGCCCCGCAGCGGUCCAGAGAAGUGCCGCCCGGGCUUCUUGGCGGCACGCAGCACGGCCGCACAUGCGGCGAACAGGUCGGCAGCCACAUACAGACCGCCGUCACUGGCAGUCUGACCACAAGACGCACGGACGCAUCCCCUUGUUGUUUGUUCUUGUUGCGUGCGUUGCACUCUGCACUCACCCUGAGGUUGUGUAUGGUAGCUGUGACGGCCUCUCUGUGCGAUGCCCCCGGAGGGCAGCACUUCCAUCCCAGCAGCAGCUGCUCGAUCCGCAUCUCGUAGAUGUGCACUGCCGACGAGCGGGUGUCCUUCAGACCAAACACAAACAUCCGGCCCAUACCCCACGACACACCCGUCCUGAAGACGCCAACAGACAACAGACAACAGACAACAGACAGACAACAGGCGAGCACCGUUUUCUGGUUCUUGUGGCGCUUGUCAUGAUUGUGUGGUUACGUGCGUGCGCCAGGGGGCCGUUUGUUUGGCGGCAUGUCGGUGGUGCUGCCGGUGGGGAGCGAUGCCGCCAUGGGUCUCGCCCGGGGGCUCCUGGUGCUGGCCGUGUGGGCGCUGUCAGACGGACAGGCAGCGCUCGCCGCACGCAGAGUCCGCAGUGACGACUCAACCCACUCCUGAUUUGAGAAAAACCGAACAACUCCGUCAUGGGUGCUGUUUGUCCUGAUGAGUGUGGUGUGUACCUGGGUGAGGUCGUCUACGUGAACGGUCGAUGGCACCAGCUCCAGCAGCUUGGCGUAUUGUGCGCCAUAGAGUGGCGGCCACAUGUCGGCGUGGAUGGCGAAAGACCCGCUUCCUGCAUCGAGAGAGGGGCAGAGUUCGUACACCAGACUCUGCUGCAGGGCCUGGUCGAAGACCCGCAGGCAGGCACCGUCGUCAUCCACUCGUUCGGCAGAGGGCACCUGUUGCCACAGACACACAGGGUGGGUGGGUGCGUGGUGCGACAAAUGACCGUUUUCCUGUCCACCUCAUCGCACUCACCACAGCUGCGUCAGCUGUGUGCUCCUCCAUGGAUGCAACGAGUGACUGCAGCCGCUGCAGCAACCCCCGGAGCUCGGCACUCCGAUUCGCCUCACGUCGCACUUCAUCUGAACACCAAUUCAACAGACACAAAUCGGUAGGUAAGUGAACACCCAAUAAGAUCAGUCGCUGGCCUGGUGUGCGUUACCUACCUUUGCCGCGCUGCCCAUCUGCCGCCGCGACUCCAUCGCUCCUUGUCGCUUCCAUGUGCCAUGUGGCCACCGUCUCGUCCCCACACGCAACCAUCACGCGACCAGCCGACACGCACAUGCGUGUGGCCUCCAGAGGCAAGUUGGUCUGGCCGAAGGGGUGGUGCAUCUCAUGUGUGCGUGGGUCGAUGACGUACGCACGUGCGACGGGGACGGCCUUGCCGGAGGAGGCCGGUUCUUCGGAGAUGCCGCACACAAGCAGGCAGCCGUGGUGGUCGGGGUGCUUGUCUGCACACAUUAGGGGCUUCGUCAGGGCCUGAAGGCGGCAGAGGCGAGAGACAGACAAAGAGAGAGAGGUAUGCAGACAUGGCUGGCAGGAGAGAUGCGUGCAUGGCUGAGAUUGUUACCGUACCGUCUCCACGAGUGUGGCGCAUGUGCUGUCGGCCGUCCCCCAUCUCUGUAUGACCGUCGCUGGCGCAUCCCGCCGCCACCCACAAGUCACAAGCGACCCUGACCUGAAGUAGUGAGGCAACCAUCAACCACGAGGGACGACGCUCUUCUAGCUUCUGAUGACUUUCGCCCUUGUAAGCUUACCCCGUCCACUCGAUCCCCUGUAUGGGGAAUGGAGCCGCCAGGCAUCUGACGGGUGCACGGGGCGAGCGGAUGUCGAGGACAUGGAUCAUGUUGAACGAGGCCUGCGCCAGCAGGUGGAACUCGUCGGGACACCACCUGUCCAUCAUCAACCAGAGAAGAGACCACAAGUCAAUAAUAGAGGCAUUUUUCAAAGUGGAAGGCCAUUCCCGUCUGUCGUCGAAAUCACCUGAGCGUGGUAGCGUGCUGCGGGAUGGUUCCUGCGGACAUGAUGGGCCGAUUCCCCAGCACGACCGUCGGGGAGCACACAGAUGCAUCGACCCCCUCGUCACGCCACCUGUCGACGGACGCACACGCACGCAUUCAUAAGCCGCUUGAGAAGGCAAACGGCCAAGCAAUCAGCUGGCUGUCACCUACCGUGCAGGCCGUCUGACAUCCCAGAUGCAGAUGGCCCCGUCGGCAGGGCUGCUGCCGCAUAGCAGCGCCGGCACACGCGGGCACCAUUCACAACCUGAUUGACACCAGCAAGCCACGGGCAUCGCUCGUUUGUUCAUGUACGUGUCACAUCGCACGUAACGUACACACAUACAGUAAGUACUUGGCUGGCUGGGUGUGCCAGGGUGGAUGACAUUCCUCGCAGCCGAGCCCCUGAAUGUGGGCUCCUUGCCCCCCUGACCCGGGUCGUACACGUGCAUGUGUGUGGAGUGUAAGGAUGCCGUGCAGCACGCCAGCUGACACCCCCGACUCAUGUCAAUGGAUCCCAUGCCGUCGGCUCCAUCCACCUUCAACAAGACAACAAACACAAGACAAGCACCAUGGAUACGGUGACACACUGUCCGGUGCGGGAGAGCACUGACCUCUGCAACAAAUCGCCGAUAUGCGACAGAUCUCUCAGCGCUUUGGAAGUCGAGCAGCAGCACAUCGCGGCUGUCGGCGGCCUCGGCAGUGCGCUGCUUCUUCCGACUCAACAGACAGGCGCCGUGACGGCCAUCUGUACGUGAAUGCAGUGAAUGCAGUGCAUCAAGUGCAAUUGUCGUGUGCUUGCCUCUGGCUGGCUAGCUGACUGACCUUGUGUGAGAGCAAUUGCCUCGUGUGCCCGCGGCAGACGAAGAGAGGUGCCAGUCGCCAUGGUCCUGACGUGCAUGAACAGAGAUCAAUGAAUCAAUGUACAGGAGUGAGUCUUUUGAUGCCCACACCCGCGCUGCGCUGGCACCGCUUCCG